GCCAAGACGGGAGUAACUUGUUGGAACAAAGAGACAUAUACGGCCCGGUCAAGUUGGCCCCUAACAGUAUCGUGACGUGCUUGCCGAACGGGAUUCUUUUUCAAAACAUGAAGGUUAUUGAGACGCCGAACGAAAAUAAUGAAAUUGCCGGUGCCAUUCUCCUCGGAGAAGAGGUCUUUGAGGUCACCCUCUCCAAUUCGCCUGAGGACAACUACGCCCACGAUCAGACCUUGAAGAUCACCAACGGGUUCCACGUGGAGUUUAACGAGCAAAGGAUCUUGUCGAUCUUUGCUGCGGUUCAUCCAAAGCCAGAUAUUGUGGUUGUCGGGUUGGGCAAAAAGUUCCGUGUGUUGAGCGAGUCCAACAAGAAGUUUUUUAACGACUUGGGGAUAGCUCUCGAGGUUUCUGACACCAGAAACGCCUGCAACAGCUGGGAUUUGUUGACCGUCGAGAGAAGAGGUGACAUUGUUGGUGCUCUCAUUUUGCCCCCAAACAUCUAGCCCUGUAUAUAUCGCCUUGUAAUAGAAUCUGAGAGGAAAGUAGGAUAGAGAGGUUGCCUUUUGUGGGGUGUAACCCCCCUCUGGGAAGUAAUGGGGUCCUAGCAUUCGGGUGCUUAGUAAAGGUAGUGUGUGUUGAUUUGACUUUUGCUGUGCAAGUACAUACUAAUGGGUACGAUGAUGUAAAACUGAUUGAAUCAAAUCCCAUGUCGGUCUGAUACAGCCAAAUUUAUUCUAAUGGGCUUACAUAUCAUGUCAAUAUUAAAUCCUGGUGGUUAAUGGUGUAUUGGAUAAAUUCAAU